AAAGUGGCGCGCAUUACACAAGAAAUUCAUGUUUUGAGUUUCAUUCUUUGUUGUUUCAGAGAAAGAAAAAGCGGCUAUCCAUCAACGUUUAAAGUGUAAGGUUAUGCGUUUGGCUGGUGGUUAAUAAAUAAGCAAUCCUUUUUGAUCAUAUUUAAAGAUGGAUUUUUUAGAAUAUACAGAUGUACUUGCAGAAGUAAAAGGAGCUAUGACUCCUGGAAGAUUAAAACUAACAGACCAACAUUUGAUUUUCAAAAAUCAAAAAACUGGUAAAGUAGAACAAAUUUCUGCAUCUGAUAUGGAAAUGGUAAAUUAUCAGAAAUUCAUUGGUACUUGGGGUCUUAGAAUAUUUCUUAAGAAUGGAACUUUGCAUAGAUUUCGUGGCUUCAAGGAAGGAGACCAGGAAAAGAUUGCAAAAUUCUUUACCCAGAAUUAUAAAAAAGACAUGUUAGAAAAAGAACUUAGCCUGAAAGGUUGGAACUGGGGCACUGCUAGAUUUAAUGGCUCUGUUCUGAGUUUUGAUGUUGGUCAUCAUACUGCUUUUGAAAUUCCACUUUAUGAUGUUUCUCAGUGUAACACUGGGAAGAAUGAAGUUACCCUAGAAUUUCAUCAGAAUGAUGAUGCUCCAGUAAGUUUAAUGGAAAUGAGGUUCCACAUUCCAGUUAGUGACAGUGCAGAUCAGGAUCCUGUAGAAGCGUUUCAUCAACAAGUUAUGGAGAAAGCAUCUGUUAUUAGUGUUAGCGGAGAUGCUAUUGCUAUAUUUAGGGAAAUUCAGUGUCUCACACCACGUGGUCGUUACGAUAUAAAGAUAUUCCAAUCAUUUUUCCAAUUACACGGUAAAACAUUUGAUUAUAAGAUUCCAAUGUCAACUGUUUUAAGGUUGUUUCUUUUACCUCAUAAAGAUAACAGGCAAAUGUAUUUUGUGGUUAGUUUGGAUCCACCAAUUAAGCAGGGUCAAACUCGUUAUCACUAUUUAGUAUUAUUGUUUAAUCAAGAAGAAGAAACCUCAAUUGAAUUGCCUUUCUCCGAGAAAGAACUGAAAGAAAAGUAUGAAGAUAAAUUACCGAAAGAGUUAUCAGGACCAACUUAUGAAGUGAUGGGUAAAGUGAUGAAAGUGAUAAUUAACCGAAAGCUCACUGGUCCUGGAAAUUUCGUCAGUCAUUCUGGUACUCUAGCAAUUAGCUGUUCCUUCAAAGCAGCUGCAGGAUACCUGUAUCCUCUAGAAAGAGGUUUCAUCUAUGUUCAUAAGCCUCCAAUUCACAUACGAUUUGAAGAAAUAGCAUCAGUUAAUUUUGCACGUGGUGGAGGUUCCACUAGAUCUUUUGAUUUUGAAAUUGAAUUGACUAGUGGGGUUGUUCACACAUUUAGCAGUAUUGAAAAAGAAGAAUAUGGAAAGCUUUUCGAUUUUAUUACCUCGAAGAAGCUACGCGUUAAAAAUAGAGGCAAGAGUGAUAAAUUGAAUUAUGACAAUGAUUUUGGAGAUAGUGAUCAGGAAGAUGAACCAGAUGCUUACUUAGCAAGAGUGAAAGCAGAGGCACAAGAAAGAGAUGCAGAAGAUAAUCAAGAUUCUGAAGAGGAAUCCACGGAUGAAGAUUUCAAUCCCAAUCAAGAUGAGAGUGAUGUAGCAGAGGAAUACGAUAGUAAUCCUAAUAGUUCAGAAAGUGAAAAUGAUUCAGAUGCUUCUGGAAAAAGUGAGAAGAAAGAAAAGAAAGAGAAGAAGGAGAAGAAACCAAAAUCUGCCAAAACAAUAUCGGAGAAACCCAGAAAACCGAGAAAGCAAAAGAAAGAAAAAGAUGCAAAUAAACCCAAAAGACCGCCAACCGCGUUUAUGAUCUGGUUAAACAGUGCUCGAGAAAAAAUUAAAGCAGAUAAUCCUGGAAUCGCAGUUACAGAAAUAGCGAAGAAAGGAGGAGAAAUGUGGAGAGAACUUAAAGAUAAAUCUGAAUGGGAACAGAAAGCGGCAAAAGCAAAGAAAGAAUAUGCUGCUUCAAUGAAAGAAUACGAAGCUAGUGGAGGUGGACAAAAAGAAAAGAAAGAAAAGGUUGAGAAAGCAGAAAAGUUAGAAAAGGCAGAUAAGAAAAAGCCUGAUAGUAAAAAAGAGGUUGUUAAACCUAUAGCCGUACCUAAUUAUAAGAGCAAAGAGUAUAUUAGUGAAGAUGAAAGCAGUAGUGAUGAAGAUACUAAGAAAUCUGAGAAGAAACAUUCAGAUGAUGACGUUGAAGCCGAUAAAGGAAAGAAAAAAGGAGAUAAACGUCCUACGGAAGACGAUGAUAAGAAGGCGAAGAAGAAAAAGAAAGAAGAGUCUGAUGAAGGAAGUGACGAAGAAGCUAUUGAAAGCACACCACCUUCGAGUGAUGCAGAAUCUGCAGAUAGCGAUUAAUUUCUUAAAAUUUGGAAGUUACAGCUGAAGUUUUCCUGUACAUAUAUACGUAUCAUUAAUAUUUUCGAAAAUAUUCAAAUGUAUUCUAAAUUUCAUACUUUUUAAAUUAUAAGAUAUGAAUAUUUAA